CCUACCCUUUAAACUUGGUACUAUUUAUAUACCAAAGCUUGAAGCAGAAGUUCAUUACCAGUACUUGGUUAUGUGAGGUUUGAGCUUGUUUUGUUGGCCCUUCAGAUCUGUCCAAGGCUAAUAUUAUACUGUCCUGUCCUGUCCUGGAGUAUAUUGGGUUUCUGGCAUUAGUUCUUUCUUAACCUUCUCUCUCUCCAGCUUCCCAGAUCAAAUAUAUACAUUCAGUCAGAGUCAGUUUGAUCAGGUCUGUUAGAAUUCAGGAACCCAAUAUUCAAUCAAGUGCAGACCACACGAAAACAUGGGGGUUUCGGAGUCCGAAAUCAUCUCCCAUGACGAGGUCGAAUCGCCAUUGCAAUCCGACCAGGAAGCCAAGAACCACCUGUUCUCCUCAUUGGGAAGACAGUCCUCCAUCUACGCUCUCACCCUUGAUGAGUUUCAGCACACCCUCUGCGAGAAUGGCAAGAAUUUUGGCUCCAUGAACAUGGAUGAGUUUCUCACCAGCAUUUGGACUGCGGAGGAAAACCAAGCCAUCAAUUCAAACCACACCAACAUUAACAACAACCAUAGCCACCAAAACAGCAACAUGAACAACAACAUUGAUGCGCACAUGCCUUUAGCAGAGGCCUCUGAGGAGAAGGCCGCCGCCAUAGCCAAGCAACCCAGCUUGCCACGCCAAGGCUCGUUGACUCUGCCUGGGCCGCUGUUUCGGAAAACAGUGGAUGAAGUUUGGUCUGAGAUACACAAAGGGCAGCAAGCAAAGCAGCAGAACAGUCACAGCAGCAAUGAUGGUGUUCAGAAUUCCGAGUUUGUCCCUCGCCAGCCUACUUUUGGGGAGAUGACAUUGGAGGAUUUCUUGGUUAAAGCAGGGGUAGUUCGGGAACCGGAUUCUAUGUUGGCGGCCAGGGCCGUGCCGCUGCCUCAGCCCCAACAGCAGCAGCAGCUGUAUGGGAUGUAUCAGAACAGCAACCAGGCAGUGGGGCCAAGUUUUGCUAACAGGCCUGUGAUGGGAAUGGGGGCUGCUGGUGCUGCAGGCGCUAGUACUAGUACUGCUGCUGUUAUGCCUAAUUACCAGAGUAUGCCCCAAAAUGGGGCCACAGUUGUCGCAGAGUCGUCGGGGUAUGCUGCAAAUGGCAAGAGAAAUGGUGUGUACCCAGCAGUGCCGCGUCCACAGGCGGUUUGUUUUGGAGGGAGAGUGGUGAAUGGGGGUGGUGGGUAUGCAGCAGGGCAGCCAAUUGGGAUGGCAGCUCCUGUGAGCCCGGUAUCCUCCGAUGGGAUGUGUACUAGUCAGGUUGAGAACUCUGGGGGUCAAUUUGGUUUGGACAUGGGUGAAUUAAGAGGAAGGAAGAGGAUCUUAGAUGGACCGGUGGAAAAGGUGGUGGAGAGGAGGCAGAGAAGGAUGAUUAAGAACAGAGAAUCUGCAGCAAGGUCUAGAGCAAGGAAACAGGCAUACACAGUUGAAUUGGAAGCGGAACUGAACCAGUUAAGAGAGGACAAUGCACACCUUAAACAGGCGCUGGCAGAGCUCGAGAGGAAACGAAAGCAACAGUACUUUGACGAAAUGCAAAUGAGAGUUCAGAGCAGGGCCCAGAAAGCUAAGGAGAAGCUGCGAGUGUUGAGGAGGUGUCAUAGUUGCCCCUUAUGAUAUGCAAGACAGAGAGAUGAUCAUUGAGGAACAGAAUUGGAAGCUCCCACCAAGAGAGGAUUGAAACUGUGCAAGCUAACCCCAAUGUUGAAAUGGCUACAAGGUGGAGCAAAUGAUUGAGUGAUCAACAACGUAAAUGACCAUGAGAAUAUGGAUUGUUGAAAUAAAGUUGAAAUCUGUAAAAUCUAGUAGAAUAAUAUUAAAUUUGAGAUGCGGGUUAUUGUUCUUAUAAGUUAUGUAUUAGGCUUAAUGGUA